AUGAAUGUAACUUAUUUUACCAUCGCAUGGCGGGGCAAGGUACUUCACUAGCACCCACGGAUGUUCUGUUUUAAAGGCAUUAAUCCUUGAGUUAAAAACAGACACGCUUCCCAUUGUGCGUUGUGCCAGGGCGCCGAUGAGUUAAGUAUAAAGGAAAAAAAACAGACCAGAUAUUUUAGAGUUGGGUUGCUGUUAAUUAUCGUUUAAUACAAAAAAGUAUGGCUACAACCCUGACGUGCGUUGAAAUACCAAAUGGAGGUUUUACCUUCGAUAACUGUACACGGAAUGCACAUUUAGAAAAGAAAGGUAUGGUUGCUCCCAAGACUCGUAAGACAGGGACAACUAUUGUGGGAAUGGUUUUCGAAGGAGGUGUAAUUCUUGGGGCUGAUACUCGUGCAACCGAAGAUACCAUUGUGGCUGAUAAAAAUUGCUCUAAAAUUCACUACAUUGCUCCCAACAUUUACUGUUGUGGAGCUGGCACUGCUGCAGAUACAGAGAUGACAACUCAAAUGAUCUCUUCAAACUUGCAGCUUCAUCGUUACAAUACUGGACGACCAACAAGGGUAGCAACUGCAAAUCGAAUGUUGAAGCAGUAUCUGUACCGAUAUCAAGGUCAUGUCAGUGCUGCUUUGGUGCUGGGAGGAGUAGAUUGUAAUGGAGCUCAUCUCUAUAGUAUUCACCCUCAUGGGUCCACUGAUAAGUUACCCUAUGUUACAAUGGGGUCUGGUUCUCUUGCUGCCAUGGCAACAUUUGAAAUGGGUUACAAACCAAACAUGAAACGACCUGAAGCAAUGAAGUUGGUUCGUGAUGCUGUGGCUGCUGGUAUCUUCAAUGAUCUUGGAUCUGGCUCUAAUGUUGAUCUGUGCAUUAUUGGAAACAACAUGAAGGUAGAAUAUCUUCGUCCAUUUGAUGUGGCCAAUGAGAAGGGAGUGAGACAAGGCAAUUAUAAAUAUAAACCUGGUACAACAGAAGUUUUAUCUAAGGUGGUGAAACCGAUAAAGUUCGAUAUUGUGUCAGAGACCGUUCAAGAAGCUAUGGACACAUCUUAAGUAAAUGAAAUAGACUGGAAAAAAGUUCAACUUGUAGUUUCAAUGUAAAACACACGUAGGAAAACAAUAACACUAUUGGUUGUCAUGCUGGACUCUAUUUGUUCCAUUGCCGUGUUUAGCUUUCGUAUAAUAUAUUUGUUAUCCAGUUUUGGUUUAUGUUUAACUUCAUAAUUUAAAUAGUAGUUUUUAACAUAAGCAACAAUUUCAUAACCAGUGAUACCUAUUGCUUUGUAGAUUUUCAUGGUUUAAAUGUAUGUGAAUUUGGAAAUUAUUCAUUUAUUGUACAACCUUUGACAUUACAUGUGUUGCAGA